AUGAGCAAGUUCACAAAGCCGGUGGUGGUGCUGGCUGGAAGCUACUUCAGAGGCAAAACAAUUCUGGUGAAGACCAUCAAUGAUGGCGCCUCAGAUCGACCCUACAACCAUGCUUUGGUGUCUGGAAUUGAUCGCUGUCCCCCAAAAGUGACAGCUUACAUGGGCAAGCAGAAAAUCACCAAGAGGUCAAAGAUCAAAUGCUCUUUGGAUAUCUCCAUGGUCAAAACCGUGGUCAACAAGAAUGUCUUCAGAGACCCAGCUCUUAAACUCAAGGCCCAACGGGGAGGUCAAGGUCAAGUUUAA